GUGCUACACGCUGACACUUCCUAAAAUAUUUGUAAUUUGUUGUUUCUUUUCGAUGUACCUAGUUUUGUUAAAAUAUAAUUGUAUUAUGUGAUAAUAACACAAAAGGAAAUCAAAUACUGAUUGAAUAUUAAACAAAUUUUAAUAUUAUACACAUUCCAUUUCCCUCUUGCAUAGCAUAAUUUCAGAGGUGAAUGUAGGGGAUACUCUCUUGGUACAAUAUUUUUUUGAGGAACUAAAUUUCUAUUUCAAAUAUUAACAAUGCACCGAAACUUACCUCAAAACAAAGAAGCUCUACUAAAAUCGUAUACAACUAGACUUAAAGAGGAUGUAAAAAGUAUGCUGGAAAAUUUUGAAGAAAUUAUAAAAUUGGCUAAAGGCGAAAAUGAAUCCCAACUAAACAGAUUGACACAAAUUGAACAAGAUACAUAUGAAAUGCAAGUCAGGGCUGCAAAUAUAGUUCGUGCCGGGGAAUCCUUGAUGAAACUAGUGUCAGAUAUUAAGCAGUACCUUAUUUUAAAUGAUUUCCCGUCAGUCAAUGAAGCCAUAACACAGAACUCCAAAUUAUUUAGAACAAAGCAACAAGAGUGUGACCAAAAACUGAUGUCCCUCCGUGAUGAUAUUGCUGCUGAUUUAUAUGAUUUGGAAGAUGAAUACUUCACAAGCAUAUACAAAUAAUGGACUUGUAAUCAUUUGUAACUUACCUCUAAAUUAGCUCUAAGAA